UUUAGCUUUUAUAAAAUUCAUGAUCAAAUAAACCCUUUUAGGGUGGCAAGAAUCGGAAAAAAAUUAAAGGAUAUGAUAUCUUUUGGUCAAAGACAUUUUUUUUUGUCACAUACAUUACUCAUUUAUCAAUUAUCUAAAUACAUUUUGUUUAUCAACCAAUACGUGCUAAUAAAAAAAAAAAAUAGGUAUUGCUUAGUUUGGUUCUCUCAAACAAAUUAAUAAAAAAAAGUUAGAUUUUGCUUAGUUUGGUUAACUCAAACAAAUUAAUAAAACAAAAAUGCUUUAUUUGUCGGUUCACAAUUUCAUGAAUAUAUAGAAGGAAAUUUUAUUUUUGGUUAGGCUUAAAAAGAAGAACAUAAUGCUCAUUUAGCGGGAGACGUUAUAAGAGAACAAAAAAAUGUUGAUUUAGAAGCAAUUAUUAAGAAACAGAAAGUGGACUUCAAAAGCAAAAACAUGCAAUUGCAAAUGUUUUAUUUAAAGAGCAAAAAAAGACAUAAAAGAAAGUAAAAGCUUCAAACAUAGAAGCCUCAAGCCUCUCACAGGUUUGCCUUGGAAAGAUCAAUGGUUCAGUGUAAGACUGCUCAAGCUUUGUUAGGGCAAGGACAUGGGAGGAGCCUUGGACCGGAGAUGAUGAAGAAGAGACCAAGACCUAGUAGGCUUCCUCAACCAACGACACCGGAGAAGCAGAUCGUUGCUAAAGUCACAGGCGGGUCACCUAAUUAUAUGAAGGGAACGAGGAGUUCAGAGGCUAGGAGACAGAGCCAAAGUGUUCAAGCUGGUUUAGACAAGAAGAGCCAGACCGGUAAGAAACUCGAUUCUUGCAAUAGAGAUAAGAAACAGAGUAGUAGUAGUAGGUCUUUGAAAAAGGGUCUGAGUUUCAAGAGAAGUGGUAGGAGUAGUCAUCGUUGGGAUGUGAAUGCGCAUAGAGCAACUUGUUCUUCGUUUCUUAAAAACUCAAAGUUCACAGAGGAUAUGAUGCUUACUUCUCCUGCUGUCUUGAAAGUCUGUCCUUAUACGUAUUGUUCACUCAACGCGCAUCUUCACCGCCAAUUCCCACCUCUUCAAAGCUUUAUAUCCGCAAGGAGACGCUCCUUGAAGUCCCAUGCAGGUAUAAAGAUGAGUGGUGAAUGUGCUGAUGGUUGUGUGGAAAUCUAUGUUGAUGAGAAGAAAGAAAAUAGAAGCACUCGAGAAACUGAUAUCAAAGUAAUCGAGGAGGUGGAAUGGGAAGAGGCUGAAGAUUUAGAUUCUGAAAGUGCAGAGAUGGUGAGCUUACUAGAAGGUGAAGGCAUUGAAUCAUGUGGCUAUGGUAAUGAAAACAUCGGUAUGAUGACUGAAAACUUUGCGAUUCUUGAACAAUCAGAAAAUUCAAGUGAGGAUCAAGAACGUGAAGAGGAUGGUUUCUCGGAUAACACAAUCAACACUUUUUUAUCUGAACAAUUGAUUAUACAAGAUGACAUCAAUCUAGGGAAUGCUCUUGAUGAGAAGCUGGACUCCAAGGAAGCUGAAGUUUGGAAGGCAGCAGAUGGAGAGAAAGUGAAAGAGCGGAUUAAACUUGUAUCGGAAACAGAGGAAACUCUGUUAUCUCUUGCCCAAAAACCCUGCAACCGAGAAGAGUGCACUGAGGAUUGGAAGGGAUUCAACCCAAGAGAACCCAAUUACAUUCAAACCUCCGUAGAGCUGAGCAGCGAAACAGUUGAUCUCAAGCAUCAGGACAUGGAUGAGAGGAAGAACGCAGAGGAGUGGAUGAUUGAUUAUGCUCUGCAACACACCGUAAGUAAACUUGUUGUAGAAAGGAAGAAGGAUGUGGCAUUGCUCGUUGAGGCAUUUGAAACAACAGUACCUAAAUAAACUUCACCAGCUUUCACUUAAGCAAGACACCUUCAAGCUUGCAGUUAACAUGCCUUCAAAGCCUUGGAACCAAGUGAGCUUAUGAAUGAUGAACUCUUUUUUUUUUUUUUAGUGAAUGGCUUUGAGUCUUUGACUUAUGUUUGGGGUAUUUGAGACUAAUUUGGAAAAUGUGACUUAAUCAAAUGCUGA